CGGUGUAAAGAUGGCGCUGCCCAUGAGGAGGACGCUGGUGUCUCUUCACAGAGCAACAUGUCUCUGUGUGACGAACGCAGAGGCGUCUCUCGGCGUGCGACAGCCCGUCCCGCUGUAUGUGCCCGUCCGCACCAAGAAGCGUUACUUCAUCCCUCCGGCCGGGGGGAUCAAGCGGAGGUCGGAGGGCAACAUGGAGGCCAAGGCCCGGGCGGCCGGCCUGGUCAUGAGGCAGGAGGCCUACGAGAGGCCCAUCAACAUCGCCUGCACUGCCGGGGUCUUCGACCCUUACAUCCCCCCGGAGGGCGACGCCCGUCUGUCCACGCUGUCCAAAGAAGGCCUGAAGCAACGAACUGAGCAGAUUCGACAGAGCGCCGCCUCACAGCUCGCGAUCCGUAAAAUCAAAGAGCACGACACUCUGUUCAAAACGAAGGAUUUCGCAGUGCGAGCUCAGGAGAUCUUCACCGAGGCUCACCACGCUCUGAUCCAGUUUAACAAGGUGAAGCUUCACUCCUUGGUGACAGAGAGGUGUUAUCCGGAGAUGACGAGGGGGAACCGCUACAAGACGAUUCACUGGAGGUUCAUCGAGUCCCUGGAGCCGCCCAGGGUGGUCCACGCCCGCUGCCCGGACAUGAUCAGCAAGGGGAACCUGUACGGCCAGGUCACCGUCCGCAUGCACUCCAAACAGACUCUGGCCGUGUACGACCGCUUCGGGAGGCUGAUGCUGGGCAGCGAGGAGCAGCCCAAAGACGUCCUGGAGUACCUGGUCAUAGAACGCCACCUCGUCAACCCCUACGGCCUGUGGAGGUUACACGGGAAGAUAGUGCCGUCCUGGGCUCCGGCCAAAGAUCCAAUUGUUAAGACCGUCAUGAUUCCUGGUCCGAAGCUCGGGGUCGACCAGGAGUUCGAUGCCGUCAACUUUGAAGUUCCCAAACCAGCAGCGGUGCAGUGGUCUAAAUAGACCACCAGAUGGCGCUGCCCUCUCCUCAAACCCACAGUAGGACAUUAUGACCAGAAUCAGGCUGUUUAAAACUUGGCUGUGGUCGGGGAGUUUGUCCACUUCCUCUGGAGGCUCUGUCUGUUUUAAAAGGCUUUCGUCUGUUCAACCGCUGGAAGCAGCAGGUGAGUUGAAGUAAUAGAACAAACCUGAAGCCAAUAAAGCUGCUUCUCACUCGACACCGGAACCAUCACACAGCCGUCCUGGCAAAUAACUGUUUUCUUUGUGACUAAUUUAAUAUGUAGAUGUGAAAAAUAAAAUGUACAGAUCUGCAGAAAUCGAAUGGUUUAUUUCUGGGAUGAUGAUGAUGAUGAUG